CGGAGCUAGGAUGAGGAGGGAGGUGACGCACGCGCGAUACGGAUCAGUCCGCUGGCGGCUAGACCCCCGCCCGAGCGCAGACCGCUGCAGAGUCCUCCGGCUGCCCCUCGGUGAAAAAUGGUCUCUGCAAUGGUUUCUACCAUGCUCUGCGGCCUAGUAUUUUGGCUGACUUUUGGAUGGACUCCAGCAUCUACAUAUAGCCCUCGGACCCCUGACAGGGUCUCAGAAACAGAUAUCCAGAGGCUGCUCCAUGGCGUUAUGGAGCAGCUGGGCAUUGCCAGACCACGGGUAGAGUAUCCAGCUCACCAGGCCAUGAAUCUUGUGGGCCCACAGAGCAUCGAAGGUGGAGCUCAUGAAGGUCUUCAGCAUUUGGGUCCCUUUGGCAACAUCCCAAACAUUGUGGCAGAGUUGACUGGUGACAACAUUCCUAAGGACUUCAGCGAAGAUCAAGGCUACCCAGACCCUCCAAAUCCCUGUCCUAUUGGAAAAACAGUAGAUGAUGGAUGUCUAGAGAACACCCCCGACACAGCAGAGUUCAGUCGAGAAUUUCAGCUGCACCAGCACCUCUUUGAUCCAGAACAUGACUAUCCAGGCUUGGGCAAGUGGAACAAGAAACUCCUUUAUGAGAAGAAGAAGGGAGGACAGACACGGAAGCGGAGGAGUAUCAAUCCAUACCUACAAGGACAGAGACUGGACAAUGUGGUCGCCAAGAAGUCAGUCCCCCAUUUUUCCGAAGAGGAUAAGGACCCAGAAUAAAGUGAAGAUGCUGGGUAGAAACCCACACCGCCUGUUAGCCCUCAGUAUGGCUUAUGUGCACGUGUGAUUAGAGCCCCUGUGAACGGCAGCAUGUUUCUAAUUUAGACUAGUACGGAUGAGAAGCAGCUGUAUUUUGAUAUUGCAUUGUCCUUCACGCGGACAGCUCCGCUUUCGACUAAAUUAGAAGAAGAGGUUUUUUCUUUUUUAAAUGUGGAUCUGUAGUGGGCAUUAAAAUUAAAGUGUCUAUAUCACCAACAGUAAAGAGAAAGCCGAUGAAUGAAAUGUCCUCGGAACUCUUGCAGUUUAAAAUGGUGUUUUGGGCCACACUCUUUUGGCCGAGUCUGUGAAAAGCUGGCAUUUGAUUCUGAUUAUGUAGUUCCCCAGCCCUUGGGCGUCGUUACCCGUCAGUAAAGGAGACUGCACUCGAGAGGAGGAGCCGACACAUUUCACUUGGCUACAUCUUAAUAAAUGUGUAUGCGAGCA